CAGCUUCAUCACAUUAUUAUAUUCAUACCUGAUCUUCAUUCGUUGUGCAUCUGAGCAUUGAGACUAAAUCAGGAUGUUGACCACUGCAGCUCUUAUUCUCAUUGUCACCAGUAAAGUUGUCCUAGGAUGGGAUGACAGACAAGCUGUUAAAGGACAUAUAUAUCCAUUGAAUAUGUCAGAGAAUUCAGUUGAUGAUCGGUAUGAUGGUUGUACAGACAAGAUGGAAAACUUGGUGGAUGCCAAAUAUCUAAACAAAGAAAUCACUGCUAACAUAUCAGGCUUUGGAGAAGCUUGGAAAAACAGUGAAAAAAAGAUCACUGGACAAAAAGACAAUCUGAAAGAAAAACAUUUAAUUGCCAUUUCUGUGUAUACUGGUAAUAUAGUAUAUAGUCAAUUUAAUCAGGAUGUUAGGAUCGGUAAACAGAAAUACAAAAACAAGAUAUACAAAUGGUAUUCACUUCAUUUUUGGUUGACACAAGCAAUACAGACUAUAAAAAAAACACAAACUGGAUGCAAGUCAACUUAUCGUGGUACCAAUGUUACAUUUAAUGGUGUCAAGAACAAAAAAAUUCGUUUUGGCUUAUUUGCCUCCUCCUCUCUUGAUCGUAAAGUAACAACUCGUUUCGGAAAUGAAUCUUGUUUUGAAAUCGAGACUUGUCACGGUGCUGAUGUGUCAAAAUACUCCCAGAGACCUGAAGAGAAAGAGGUGUUGAUUCCCCCGUAUGAAACAUUUAAAAUGACUGAUAUCAGGACAGGUCAGAAGGGUGACUGGUGUAAGACUGUGUUUGUGUUGAAUAGCACUGGUAUAAAAAGUACCUUAAACUGUGCAGUGGCAUCAGUCAAGCCCAAGAAAUAUCACAAUGUCAUUAUCUCUGACUGAUCAGCAUUUAAUUUUUUUUCCUUUGAUAUAUUAAGCAUGCUCUCAGGAUUGCAGCUUUAACAAUGACCCAAAUGAAAGCAGAAUUAA